GGUGGAGGCAGAGCGCCGCCGGUGGCGGGGCUGUAGCUCUUCGGGCUCCAGCGGCGGCGCUAGCCUUCGAGACUCUGCGCGUCUCCUAGCCGCUUCCCAGCGGCGCGGCGCCGGCGGCUACGCGUAAAAUGACGAAUGAGUAAUUUCAAUGGAAUAAAUGGCGUCCAGAGUCACAGAUGCUAUAGUCUGGUAUCAGAAGAAGAUCGGAGCCUAUGAUCAACAAAUAUGGGAAAAGUCUGUUGAACAAAGAGAAAUCAAGGGCUUAAGGAAUAAACCAAAGAAAACAGCACAUGUGAAACCAGACCUCAUCGACGUUGAUCUUGUGAGAGGGUCUGCAUUUGCUAAGGCAAAGCCUGAAAGUCCUUGGACGGCUCUGACUAGAAAAGGGAUUGUUCGAGUUGUGUUUUUCCCCUUCUUCUUCCGGUGGUGGCUACAAGUGACAUCGAAGGUCAUCUUCUCCUGGCUUCUUGUUCUCUAUCUUCUUCAAGUUGCUGCAAUAGUGUUAUUCUGUUCCGCCCCUAGCCCACAUAGCAUACCUCUAACUGAAGUGAUUGGGCCAGUAUGGCUGAUGCUGCUGCUGGGAACUGUGCAUUGCCAGAUCGUGUCAACGAGAACACCCAAACCUCCUCUAAGCACAGGCGGUAAAAGAAGAAGGAAAUUAAGGAAAGCAGCCCAUUUGGAGGUCCACAGGGAAGGAGACGGUUCUAGCACCACAGACAACACCCAGGAGGGAACGGUGCAGAGUCCCGGCGCAGGCGCCCCUUACAGUGUGGGCUCGGUCUUCAGAGAUCUCUGGCACGCGGCCUUCCUCUUAUCAGGGUCAAAGAAGACAAAGAAUUCCAUUGAUAAGUCAACUGAGACUGACAAUGGCUAUGUGUCCCUGGAUGGGAAGAGGACUGUAAAAAGCAGCGAGGAUGGAGCACAGGACCAUGAGCCUCAGUGUGAAACCAUUCGGCCAGAAGACACCGCCUGGGCCACACGAACGCCGAGGAGUGUUCCUGCCAAAGAUGCCCAAAGAAAGAUAACAAAUGUCUCUGAUGAAGUAUCCAGUGAGGAGGGUCCUGAAACAGGAUACCCAUCGCGCUGUCAUGGGGACAGAACUUCUGAAAGCGGUCUUCGAAAUAGAAAGCCACACCAUUAUAAAAAGCAUUACGCAAAUGAGGAUGCCCCUAAAUCGGGUACUAGUUGCAGCUCUCGCUGUUCAAGUUCCAGACAGGAUUCUGAGAGCACAAGGCCAGAAUCUGAAACUGAAGAUGUAUUAUGGGAAGACUUGUUACAUUGUGCAGAAUGCCGCUCCUCCUGUACCAGUGAGACAGAUGUGGGAAAUCCUCAGAUAAAUCCAUGUGGGAAAAAAGAAUAUAGAGACGACCCUUUCCAUCAGACUCAUUUACCCUGGCUUCAUAGUUCCCACCCGGGAUUAGAAAAGAUCAGUGCUAUAGUGUGGGAAGGCAACGACUGUAAGAAAGCAGACAUGUCCGUACUUGAAAUCAGUGGGAUGAUCAUGAACAGAGUGAACAACCACGUACCGGGCAUAGGGUACCAGAUCUUUGGAAACGCUGUCUCCCUGAUCCUGGGCUUCACCCCAUUUGUUUUCCGACUGUCACAAGCCACAGACUUGGAGCAGCUCACAGCCCAUUCUGCCUCAGAACUUUAUGUGAUUGCAUUUGGCUCGAACGAAGAUUUCAUGGUUCUGUCUAUGGUCCUGAUAAGUUUUGUGGUUCGCGUGUCUCUUGUAUGGAUCUUCUUCUUUCUGCUGUGUGUAGCAGAGAGAACAUAUAAGCAACGAUUACUCUUUGCAAAACUCUUUGGACAUUUGACAUCUGCAAGGAGAGCUCGGAAAUCUGAGGUUCCUCAUUUCCGGUUGAAGAAAGUACAGAAUAUAAAAAUGUGGCUGUCUCUCCGUUCCUAUCUUAAGCGCCGAGGCCCUCAGCGAUCCGUGGAUGUCAUUGUCUCAUCCGCCUUCUUACUGACAAUCUCCGUCGUGUUCAUCUGCUGUGCUCAGCUGCUCCACGUGCAUGAGAUCUUCCUCGACUGUCACUACAACUGGGAGCUGGCGAUCUGGUGCAUCUCUCUGUCACUGUUUCUCCUGAGGUUUGUCACUCUCGGAUCAGAAACCAGCAAAAAAUACAGCAAUACCUCAAUAUUACUCACAGAGCAGAUAAACCUCUACUUGAAAAUGGAGAAGAAACCUAACAAGAAGGAGGAGCUGACCCUUGUGAACAAUGUUUUAAAGCUGGCUACUAAGCUACUAAAGGAGCUGGACAGUCCCUUCAGGUUGUACGGACUCACAAUGAACCCACUGCUAUACAACAUUACCCAGGUUGUCAUCCUGUCGGCUGUCUCUGGUGUCAUCAGUGACUUGCUUGGAUUUAAUUUAAAGCUGUGGAAGAUCAAAUCAUGACAGUUGAGAGAACUGGAGAUGUAGCCCAGUGGCCAGAACAUGAGUGCUGACGGAGCGGUCACUGAUCUGCUCCAGGAGUCUGCUGGGAACGAAGUGUUUACAUCAGACUGUAUUGUGCAAUUCUUAUAUUUAUUUUACGUGUUCACUGGUUUUGUUCUGUUUUGUUGUGUGUGUGUUUGUUUUCUUUCUUUUUUUCUUUUUAAACAUUUAGUCCGUUUUAAGCAUUGAAGUUCUUAAUUGUUGAAAGGGUGGCAAAACUGAUCCAGAUACCUGAGGUCCUGGUAAUUGUUAACAAGUAACUGACCAACAGAUUGUGAAAACAGAAGCCAUCACUAAGCACUAUUUCUUCAUCAAUGCCGUGAACUUGCCUUACUUGAGGAAAACGUCUUUAACUCUGAAAUAGUGCAUUGGUCUAAGCUAAACACAUUUUCUCUGGUAAACCAGGAUCCACUCAGGACCGCUCUUGAAGUAAUUUCAGAACAGUCCUGGGAUGCAGACUGAGUAAGCUGCAGUGGACGCGCCCUUCAGUAUUAAUAUAUAGUAUUAUGUAACAGGUCAACAAGUGCUCUUUCACGAUAAACUCUUAACGGAGCAAUAAUCGUAAAUGGUUACCAUACUGUAAAAUAUUUUGAUAAGAAUUAAUUAGUAAUAAGUGUAUUUAUUUAAACACUGGGCUGUUUGCACAGCUCCGACUGUGCAUGCUCAAAUGUGCACUUUUUAAAAUGGUUCCUUUGGGUGUAUGUCUCACGUGGAUAUGCUACAGUGUACCAGGGCAUAAUAUGGUAUCCUUUUGAGUGAGGUCCGUCCUCAUCUCACAAGUGAAGUGCCUACUGUUAUUACUAAAGUGCGUUACGUUUACUCUAGAAUUCCCCAUGGUACAUUCUAGCGUAUGCUGUUCCUACCACACUUAAAGCUUAAGAAUCAAGUUAAGAACCAACAGAAUAUUUAUCUGAUUGCUAGUUAUAAAAUUUCCAAAUUUUCCAAAAAGACAGCUUCAGCCUACCAGUUCUAGCCUCCAAAUUUAAUCUGGUGCACCCCUCCCCAGCUCCAUGACGUAAGGGCUAUUUUUAGACGCUUUUAACAUGGAAAGCUAGCUGCUCUCCCCUCCAGUAACUGGCCAAGUGUGCGGUGGGAGCUAUCAUGUUUCCCCUUGGUAAAUAGGGCAGAUAUGAUAGUCCCUACAUCUGGCCUUCAUCCUAAAUCGUUACAUUUGUACAAUCAGUAGUGUUUUAAGAAUUACAUGAAACAAAAUGUUUUUGUGAUUUUUUUUUGUUUUGUUUUGUUUAAGCCAAGCAUUUGGUUUCUAAAACAAAGAAAUUAUUUGAAACAAUCUAGGGUUUUCUUGGUGCAAAGUCAUACUGAAUAUAUUCAUAUUUUUAGCAUAUUUUAUGGUCUUUAAAAUAAUUAAUUGUAAAUAAUUUAUUUGAUUGGUGCAGUUCUAAUUCCCAAAUCACUUUUAAAAUCAGGAAUGUGUAGAGAGCAGAGCCAUGUGUUAAAUGUUUCUCUUCCCAUUCCUUUGAGCAGCCUCAGUUAAGCCUCAUUGUAGAGUGCUCUUUGUAUAGGAAACAGCAGACAGCGUUGUGUUCCGUUUGCCUGUGUUCUAAUACGUCCCAUAAUGACCAAAGUGCAUUCUGAGUGUUGUUCAAGGAAUGUAUUGCUGGAGCUUUAAGAACACACUUAGUUUCCCAUGUGAAGAAUUAGGCUUCGUCUCAUAUGUUUCUUCCUUCCUAUUGUCUAAUGUUGAGGUUGUUUUUAGGCACUAUAUUUUAUAAACUUUUUCAAAAUAAGGUACAUACCUAUACAGAACUUAACAUUUUGCACAGAGUAUAUCAAAUAUAUUUUGAGAAUAAAAAAGUACAGCAUGAGUUCUGUUAGGAAUAAAGUGAGAUUAUUGUAUCUUUAAAAAAAACUUAUUUCAAGUUGGAAGUAUUUUUGAGCCAAGUAGCUGAGAAUCCUGACUUAGGAACAUGCUUGCUUUAGGUCACAGUUGUGUUUGCUGUAGUUGGGGUCGAUUGUACAGUAUACCUGUCAGAACAUGAUGUAUCGGUCGUGCCGUUAGCAUGGGCAGCAGUAGAAUACUAAAAGCAAAGUGUGUUAAGCAGCUUCGUAAUGUUCCCAGAGCCAUUUCAGAGUAGUGAGCGACAGCCCUGCCUGUACAGACACCGUGGAUGUAAGAAGUUGAAAUGUAACCAAUCACAUCAUAGAGAAGAAGCAACCCGGAGGCACAAUCAUGGCGGAUGCUGUGUGCUGUUUCUUUGCUGCGUGUUUUUAAAAGUUUGAACAGCAAGUUUAAAAUAAAACAUUCUAAGGCUGACUUGUGUGUGUUAUUUUAAGUUACAUGUGUGGGUUGAUUUUUGUAUUUACUGUAAUAUAAACCCCAGUUACAACCUUUAGACAGGGGCGGUGAAAAUAAAGUUUUAAGUAUACCUCAA